GUCAUCUGGCGGAGCAGGAAGUGCAGGCAGAGUCCGGAGGCCGGUGCUUCCCGCGCGUCCCCAGGACUUUGCCAUGGGCUGGGGGCCGCGCGGGCUGCGAGCAGCCAGCCAAGGGCAGCGGCGACGCCGCCCGCACUGGGACUGAGCGAGCAGCGACGCGCAGCGCCGAGAUGGCAGCGUCCAGCAACUCCAGUCUGUCCGGUUCCUCCGUGUCCUCCGAUGCUGAGGAAUAUCAGCCUCCGAUAUGGAAAUCAUACUUGUAUCAGCUGCAGCAAGAGGCGCCUCGUCCCAAGAGGAUCAUUUGUCCCCGGGAGGUGGAAAACAGACCAAAAUAUUAUGGAAGAGAGUUUCAUGGGAUCAUCUCGCGAGAACAGGCUGACGAGCUUCUUGGGGGUGUGGAGGGCGCCUACAUCCUUCGAGAAAGCCAGCGGCAGCCGGGAUGUUACACGCUAGCACUGAGGUUUGGGAACCAGACCUUAAACUACCGGCUCUUCCAUGAUGGGAAGCACUUUGUGGGUGAGAAGAGGUUCGAAUCCAUCCACGACCUGGUGACCGAUGGCUUGAUCACACUCUACAUAGAGACCAAGGCUGCUGAGUACAUUGCAAAAAUGACCACAAAUCCCAUCUAUGAACACAUUGGAUACGCCACCCUCCUCAGAGAAAAAGUGUCCAGAAGGCUGAGCAGGUCUAAAAACGAGCCGAGGAAAGCAAGUGUCGCCAAUGAGGAACACGCGUCAGUUGAGAAGAUCUCCUCCCUUGUCAGAAGAGCUGCCCUCACACACGACAACCACUUCAACUAUGAGAAGACACACAACUUCAAGGUGCACACGUUCCGAGGCCCACACUGGUGUGAAUACUGUGCCAAUUUCAUGUGGGGGCUCAUCGCCCAAGGAGUUCGCUGUUCAGAUUGUGGGUUAAAUGUCCACAAACAGUGUUCCAAGCAUGUCCCCAACGACUGCCAGCCUGAUCUCAAGAGGAUCAAGAAAGUCUACUGUUGUGACCUCACCACACUCGUAAAAGCUCACAAUACUCAGAGACCCAUGGUAGUCGACAUCUGUAUUCGGGAAAUUGAAGCGAGAGGAUUGAAGUCAGAAGGGAUUUACAGAGUCUCUGGGUUCACAGAACACAUCGAAGAUGUCAAGAUGGCGUUUGACAGAGAUGGUGAGAAGGCUGAUAUCUCGGCUAACAUCUACCCAGACAUAAACAUCAUCACCGGAGCCCUGAAACUGUACUUCAGAGACUUACCGAUCCCCGUCAUUACAUAUGACACCUAUUCCAAAUUUAUAGAGGCAGCGAAAAUCUCCAAUGCGGAUGAGAGGCUGGAAGCCGUCCAUGAGGUCCUGAUGCUGCUGCCUCCUGCCCACUAUGAGACCCUGCGAUACCUGAUGAUCCACCUCAAAAAGGUUACCAUGAAUGAAAAGGACAAUUUAAUGAACGCAGAAAAUCUGGGAAUUGUCUUCGGACCCACGCUGAUGAGAACCCCCGAGGACAGUACUCUCACGACCCUCCAUGACAUGCGGUACCAAAAGCAGAUCGUGCAGAUUUUAAUAGAAAACGAAGAUGUUCUGUUCUAAUCUAUCAGGGAAAUGAGCUGGUAGCGCCAACGGAAUAAAAACAUUUCUUACACUUGAUUUGUUUUUCAAACAAGUGGUAGGAGUUCCCAGACCACAGUGGACUGCAGUGUUGGGGACUGUGUCUCCCUCCUCCACGUGAGAGCAAGGGUGAGGGUAGGAAACCCCUUACCUUGGGUCUUUUGCCGUGCCUCGUAUGUAUGUCUGUUUUGCUGGAAGAGUGAUUAAUAAAUCUUUCUUUAACUUAUUAAAAAAAAAAAAGUAGACCUUUAAACGUCAGUCUUACCAUUAAUAAAAGGGAACUUGAUUCAUGAAGGUACUUGGUACAGUAUACAUUUUCCACCUUCAAAAGAAGAAGACAAUUCUAUAUGUUAAGUGUUAAAUGAAACCUAUAUUGUAAAAUGUAUUUUAUUUUAGCUGCAAGAAUGUUAUUUUAUUUUAGCAAAUAGAACUCAAUGCAGUGCAUUGGUUAUGGCCCCGUCCCUUGUCCCCCCCUUUUCUUGCUGUGAUGCCUGGUGAACGUUGACCGUGAAUGCAGUAUCACCUUGACAUACCUCUGUCCUGAUUCAUGCUUCAAUAGAAGUUCGCCCCUCCCCCAUGCCCCUGCUUUCCACAGCCCAUGCUCCUGAGCACUGGCUUUCUGCUGUGAGGUAGUGUAUGUUCAUAGUGACUCUAGCGUGGUCUGCGCAUCCACAGGUUUCCUUUCUGUAAGCAUUGCGUGACUCCCCAAAGGGUGUUAUGGAAUUGAUUGUGGCCUCUCCCUAUCUCCAGGGUGUGUCCUACAACACGCAGAGUGUGCCUUGUCACACAGAGCGACCUUAGCGCCCCCCCCAAGUUGGCGCUUUCCCUCUCCUCCGCCGGGCCCUUCGAGUCCAUGUCAAUGGAAAUGGAAGUUCUUUGCCACGUUUCCACAUUUGAUGACUCACGAACCUACAGAAUCUUUGUUGUCUUGUUCCUUACUUUUCUUUUAUAAUAAACCUGUCAUUAAGUUAUGAAAAAAUAA